AUGCCUCCAGUCCGCAAUCCAAUCCUCCCGGGCUUCAACCCGGACCCGUCCAUCGUCCGGGUCGGAGAGGACUACUACAUCGCCACAUCGACGUUCGAAUGGUUCCCCGGCGUGCAAAUCCACCACUCGCGCGACCUGGCCAACUGGACGCUCGUCACGCGGCCGCUCACGCGCAAGUCGCAGCUGGACAUGCGCGGCGACCCGGACAGCUGCGGCGUCUGGGCGCCGUGCCUCACCCACGACGGCGAGCGCUUCUGGCUUGUCUACACCGACGUCAAGCGCAAGGACGGGUCCUUCAAGGACACGCACAACUACAUCGUCCACGCCCCGGCCAUCGAGGGCCCCUGGUCCGACCCCGUCUACGCCAACUCGUCCGGGUUCGACCCCUCCCUCUUUCACGACGACGACGGCCGCAAGUGGUUCGUCAACAUGCUCUGGGACCACCGCGCCCGGCCCCUCCUCUUCGCGGGAAUCGUCCUCCAGGAGUUCGACCCCAAGCAGGGCAGGCUCGUCGGCCCCCGCAGGAAUGUCUUCCAGGGCACCGACCUCAAGCUCGUCGAGGGCCCGCACCUGUACAAGCGCAACGGCUGGUACUACCUCCUCACGGCCGAGGGUGGCACCGGCUACGACCACGCCUGCACGCUCGCGCGCUCCCGCAGUCUCUGGGGGCCCUACGAGGUGCACCCACAGAAGCACAUCCUCACCGCAAAGGACACGCCCUUCUCGGCCCUCCAGCGCGCGGGGCACGGCGACGUCGUCGACACCCCCGACGGCAGGACCUAUCUCGUCCACCUGACGGGGCGUCCCAUCAGCCAGAAGCGGCGGUGCGUAUUGGGUCGCGAGACGGCCAUCCAGGAGGCGCGCUGGGGCGACGACGACUGGCUCUACGUGAAAGACGGUCCCGCGCCAUCCCUCGUCGUCGACCUCCCCGCCGCGCGCGACGACACCGACUACUGGUCCGAGAAGCGGUACACCUUUCAGGACGGCCUACACAAGGACCUGCAGUGGCUGCGCACGCCCGAGCCGGAGCGCAUCUUCAACACCGAGGGCGGGACGCUCAACCUGAUCGGGCGCGAGGCCGUCGGGUCCUGGUUCGAGCAGGCGCUCGUCGCAAGGCGGCAGACGCACUUCUCGUUCGACGCGGAGACGACGCUGGAGUUCUCGCCCGAGGACGAGAGGCAGUUCGCGGGGCUGACGGUGUACUACUCGCGGUUCAAUUUCUUCUACCUGACCGUGACGGCCGGGUCGGACGGGCGGCGGGAGCUGCUGCUGAUGUCGUCAGAAGUGUCAUACCCGACCGGCGCGCUGGAGAAACCGUUCGUGCCGCCUGUUGGGAUCCCGGAUGGGGGCAAGGUGAGGCUGGCGGUGGAGGUGCGCGGGUGGCGGAUGCAGUUCUUCUACGCUCUCGAGGGAGGGGAGUUGGCGAAGAUUGGGCCCGUGUACGAUGCGUCGGUUGUGUCGGAUGAGUGUGGAGGGCAUCCGAACCAUGGGAGCUUCACGGGGUCGUUUGUGGGCGUGGCGUGCUCGGAUCUGAAUGGGUUGGCGAUCCAGGCCAAGUUUGAUUAUCUGACUUACCGGCCUGCGAAGGAUGCUACGGACCGGUACGAGGUUUGA